GAUGUUGUCGUCGUUAAAAAUGGCAGAAGAAUAUGUGGCACAGGAGGCUGCUUAGCCAAUGCACCUUUGCAUCAGAACAAGAGCUAUUUUGAGUUUAAAAUCCAGUCCACAGGGAUUUGGGGUAUUGGAGUUGCAACCCAGAAAGCAAACUUGAAUCAAAUUCCACUUGGUCGAGAUGGCCAUAGCCUGGUAAUGCGAAAUGAUGGAGCUCUCUACUAUAACAAUGAGGAGAAAAGUAGACUACCAGCAAACAACCUUCCUCAGGAGGGCGAUGUGGUGGGCAUUACAUACGACCAUGUAGAAUUAAAUGUAUAUUUAAAUGGGAAGAACAUGCAUUGUCCAGCUUCAGGAAUCCGAGGGACUGUCUAUCCAGUGGUCUAUGUUGAUGACAGUGCCAUCCUGGAUUGUCAGUUCAGUGAAUUUUAUCAUACACCUCCACCAGGGUUUGAAAAGAUCCUCUUUGAGCAGCAAAUCUUCUGAAUGUCUUCGUACCGCAAAUUUGCACCCUGCACUGUUGCAAAAGCUUUGUCGUCUUAAAUAAAGCUUCACUUUACUUUUAGGAAACAUAUCUGUAUUUUUAGUAAGUAUUUGUGACUGUUGUCUGCAGAAUUAACGUGUUAACUGCAACACCAGAUAACUGUGCUGCAAAUACAAGAUUUCUGACAAUGUUUUGUGGUUGCAAAUGAGUGGUUUUGGGCAGGGUUUUUCUCUGAUUUGUACUUGAUGCAUAAGGAGACAAAGGGAUAUUAUUGACAUCAGUAUUACAUUCAGUAUUUUGAAUAAACUGGAGCUCUGUGAAGCCAAUGGUUCUUAUACAUAUGACAGCUACGGAGAUGGAUAAUUCUCACAAUUUUUUUUCCCAGCUUUUUUCGCACAGAAGUUAUGUGCUUUGUGUGAAGGAAGCACUGUGUUUCUAGUCUGUGAUUUGGAAUUGCGGUGUCCUGUUUGUGCACAGUGACUAAUAACACGACGGCAUAACUAGUAGAUAGCUACUUUGUUUUUUUUUUUUCAAGGUGUAAUUUAAUCCAUUCCCUCAGUCUUAGACUGGUGAAUAUAACUUAUCCAUUUCCUCUAGCUUUUCACUUGAUUUUAUUGGGAC